AUGUCUUCAUCAGCGCUGCCCUCUCAAUCUUCGAUCUUGGGCCCCAUCACUCCAUCCACCGGUCUGACCUCCCACGGCCCUUACCCUGCCAAACCGGUCUUCACGGGAUCCUGGACUGCUCCCUUCCGGGACGGUCUGCCCACCCCUCCUACCGACAUGACCGGCAUUACUUACAAUGCAAUCCCCCCGGUGGGCCACGGAGGGAAAGUGCACGGCAUUCCUUCUCACCAUUACAACUAUAUGCCACCAUUCGACGCUAUUUCUUCUUCGAUGGCUGUCGCUAUGAAGCCCACCCACUCAGCCCCCGCCAAAGAUGUUCCCGCAUCCGAACCAGUCCAGAGAAAAGCAUCGAAUGGAACUGCCAGUGGCUCCAACUUGCGGAUUCCGUCGUCGAUCAACAAUAGCAGAGCUAGUCUGGCUGAGUUCGCUGCUCAGAUGACCUGUUUAUUCUGGUUUGAAAAGACAUCGAAACUCCAAUCUAUCGAAGACCGACGGCAGCCAACGACCAACCUCGUUGCGGAAGCUAUACCCACCGUGGGGUUCCAGAAGUGGGUCGCCACAAUUCUUUCGACCACCCAGGUCAGCCAGAACGUGAUUCUGCUAGCAUUGCUGUUUAUCUACCGGUUGAAGAAGUUCAACGCUGGUGUCAAGGGCAAGAAAGGCAGCGAAUUCCGGCUCAUGACGGUCGCUCUGAUGCUCGGCAACAAAUUUUUGGACGAUAACACUUACACCAAUAAGACGUGGGCCGAGGUCUCGGGCAUUGCGGUCCAGGAGAUUCACGUCAUGGAGGUCGAGUUCCUUAGCAACAUUCGCUACGAUCUUUUUGCCUCGGAGGCAGAAUGGGAUCGCUGGCAUACCAAGCUGGGUCUUUUCGGUGAUUACUUCAACGCGGCGUCCUUGCACCCCGUCGAGUCAGAGGCCCCGGCCUUGCGCGUCUCGCCGCCCCGAUUGCAGCCCCAAUCGCCUUUGUCCAAGUUGCCAUCGCCCCCAUCUGAUUACCGCCCGCAGGCUCAGCCCACCUGGCCUUAUGUCCCCCUUCCUGGAAUGCCCUACCCUGCCCCACAACUGGGCGAGGUUGCUCCUGGAGGAUCUCGCAAGCGCAGCCGUGACGACGAGAAUGAACUGCAACCCAUGAAGCGGAUUGUCCGCCCGGCGACCCAGCCUGCCCACCAACCGGCACCGCUGAGCAUUCCUGUGAACGCAAUGAAUACUCUCCCGCCCGUUCUCACGCCGACUUCUGCUCCAGUUGCGCAGGGUGUAGGACGUCUUCCACCUCCAAACCUCAGCUUGACUCCGACAUCGAAUCCCAUGUCUCAGCAGCCACUUCCUUCGACCCCAGUCUCGCAGCUCCCAAUCCCAGCUCGUAUGCCUCCGGCUUACAACCGGUCUGCCAACUGGAUGCAGCCUCAUCAGAUGCCCUCUGCUCCAUUGCCGCCCGUCGCAUCAGGUGUUUACAAUGCACCCACCCUGCCCGACCUGGGUCGUCAUCACCAGAGCAGCCCAUUCGGCGUGUCAUCCUCGACCGUCUCCCCAGCUGUCUCGGCAUACUCCGUUCACACUCCUCAAACCCACCUUUCCCCCUCCUUCUUCCUCGCCAACCGCAACUCCCCUUACCGGCCUGUUCGCUCAGUGCACACUCUAUUGAUUCCACCACCCUCAACCUCAAUGCAACAGCAGCGCAGUGUUCCCUUCGACCACAUGCACUAUCAACCAUUGAGCAAGGGCUCCACUGAUCGCAAGACCGGUCUUCUACCCUUCAUCCCCUCCGACCCGUGGUAUCAAGGCCAUGUGCCCCAACCAUUCUACACUCCCUCCCAGACUUUCUCUGGUUGA